CAAAUUUAACUCAGACCUAACUUGUUUUUUUUGAGUGUGAAGCAAUGUCAAACUAAAAUACCUAACAAACAUUAACUUUCUCUUAAAAAGAGGUGAGCCAGCCGCACCUUCCAAUACGGCUACCUUCUUCCGACUUCCCCACUAAAAUGUAACUUGUAAACAUACAUAAGGUUAAAGUGAAAAAGAAAAAGUAAAAGAAUGUAAAACAUUGAAGUUAGGGGAAGUAUUUAGAAAUUUUAAAAUUUGUUUCCAAAACCCACAUUUUUGUUCUCUUUGAAAACGGCAUAAUUGUAAUAGUGUUCCAAAAAAAGGGAUAUAAUAGAUGCUGGAUAAUAUUUUCCGGCUCCUCCCAUUAUUUCCACACCGGAAAGGAAAAACAGUAGAAAAGAGCAAGAAAAAUACUUUCACAACCACAACAACAGCGUCCUUUAAUGGUGGAAAAUGAAUUCCCAACCAUUAACGAGAAGUGAUAUAAUUCAACCACCAAACUGCUUGUUAUACCCCUCUAAAACCCCUCUUAAUUCCUUUCCGGCAUUUUAUCGAAUACGUCCUAAACGUUGUUUGGGAGCUAAGUUUCAGGCCUAUGGUGACAUUGCUAAGUUUCUCAACCCAACGAAGCUCAGAAUUCGCGCCUGUAAAGCUUCUGUUUCGAGUUCGAACUCGGCUGUAGUGCCCGCGAACGCCGAGGAAGACGUUGAGUCUGCUCAGCUAUUCGAGAAAUUAAAGGAUCUUGAAAGACAACGGAUUGAUGAAUUGGAAGAACUUGAUCGCAAAGCAAAUGUACAGUUGGAAAGGCAACUUGUGAUGGCUUCUUAUUGGAGUAGAGUCUUGUUGACUAUGCGCGGAAAGUUGAAAGGAACUGAGUGGGAUCCUGAAAUCUCACACAGGAUUGACUUUAGUGAUUUUUGGAGGCUUCUUAACUCAAAUAACGUGCAAUUUAUGGAGUAUUCAAAUUAUGGUCAAACAAUAUCAGUGAUUCUACCUUAUUACAAAGAUGAGAAAACAGGAGAAUCUGAGGUAACUUCGAAUAAGGAAAUUGUUUUUAGGCGUCAUGUAGUUGACCGCAUGCCUAUUGAUUGCUGGAAUGAAGUUUGGCAGAAGUUGCACCAGCAGAUAGUAAAUGUUGAUGUUUAUAAUGUGGACACAGUACCUGCAGAAGUAUACACCACUGUUGCAACUGCAGUCAUUUGGUCUAUGCGGCUUGCCCUUUCUAUUGGUUUAUAUAUUUGGAUUGAUAACUUGACAAGACCAAUAUAUGCAAAGUUGAUUCCUAGUGAUCUAGGAAAACCAGGCAAAAAAAUUAGGCAACCCCUUAAGCGCCGUGCACUUGGAUCAUUAGGAAAAAGUCGGGCAAAAUUUAUAUCAGCAGAAGAAUCUACUGGUAUCACCUUCGAUGAUUUUGCUGGUCAGGAAUACAUAAAGAGGGAACUUCAGGAAAUUGUUAGAAUUUUAAAGGAUGAUGAAGAAUUUCAAGAUAAGGGCAUCUACUGCCCAAAAGGUGUGCUUCUUCAUGGUCCUCCUGGAACUGGUAAAACACUGCUAGCGAAAGCUAUUGCUGGUGAAGCAGGACUUCCUUUUUUUGCGGCAAAUGGCACUGAUUUUGUAGAGAUGUUUGUAGGUGUGGCAGCUUCUCGUGUCAAGGAUCUUUUUGCUAGUGCUAGAUCAUAUGCACCAUCAAUUAUAUUUAUUGAUGAGAUUGAUGCCAUUGGUAGCAAACGUGGUGGGCCUGACAUUGGUGGGGGUGGUGCAGAAAGGGAACAAGGUCUACUUCAGAUAUUGACAGAGAUGGAUGGAUUUAAAGUUUCUACCUCACAGGUACUGGUAAUAGGUGCCACAAAUAGACUGGAUAUUCUUGAUCCUGCACUUCUGCGAAAGGGUCGUUUUGACAAGAUCAUAAGAGUUGGUUUGCCAUCUAAGGAUGGUAGAUUGGCUAUUUUGAAGGUGCACGCUAGAAAUAAAUAUUUCCGUUCUGAGGAGGAGAAGGAUGUUCUCCUUCAGGAAAUAGCAGAGCUUACUGAAGAUUUUACUGGGGCAGAACUGCAGAACAUACUUAAUGAAGCUGGAAUUUUGACUGCAAGGAAAGAUUUAGAUUUCAUUGGUCGAGAUGAGCUGCUAGAAGCUUUGAAAAGGCAAAAGGGCACAUUUGAAACAGGUCAGGAAGAUAAUACUGAAAUCCCAGAGGAUCUAAAAUUAAGGUUGGCAUACAGAGAAGCAGCUGUUGCUGUCCUUGCCUGCUACUUUCCAAAUCCUUACCGUCCAUUUACCCAGACGGAUAUAAAAUCAAUUCGUAGUCAGCCAAAUAUGUGUUAUAAUGACAUUCCGGGCAAGGUCUUCGCAAGAAAAUCAGAUUAUGUGAACUCUAUAGUGCGUGCAUGUGCUCCAAGAGUUAUUGAGGAGGAGAUGUUUGGGGUUGACAAUCUUUGUUGGAUCUCAUCGAAGGCAACAUUAGAAGCUUCGAGGCUGGCAGAAUUUUUAAUCCUGCAGACUGGAAUGACAGCUUUUGGGAAAGCAUUCUACAGGAAUCAGAGUGAUCUCGUACCCAAUCUUGCAGCUAAGCUUGAAGCACUUAGGGAUGAAUAUAUGCGUUAUGCUGUUGAUAAAUGUUCAUCUGUGUUGAGGGAGUACCAUCUAGCUGCGGAGACAAUCACAGACGUGCUACUUGAAAAGGGAGAAAUUGGAGCUGAGGAAAUUUGGGAUAUUUAUAAAACGACUGCUCGAAUACCCCAGCCGGCUGUGAGUCCAGUGGAUGAAUAUGGAGCCCUAAUAUAUGCAGGGAGAUGGGGAAUACAUGGGGUUUCACUUCCUGGUCGGGUUACAUUUGCACCUGGAAAUGUUGGAUUUGCAACGUUUGGUGCAGCCAGACCUAUGGAGACCCAGAAGGUGAAUGAUGAAACCUGGAAGUUGAUAGAUGACAUUUGGGAAAAAAAGAUUGAAGACAUGAAAGCUGAAGCUUCAGCAGUGGUUGAAGAAGAAAAACAAAAACCUCAACUUCUAAUGGCCAGCCAUUUUCUAUAAAAGCAAAGGAUUACUGGAUGGUAGAUAUUUUGAGGAUACAUGAUCUAUAGGCAUGAGCUUUAGCCUCAUCAAUUUUGAGCAGACUGUGACCAUAGGGUCCUGCACAGGCACAACCGCCACGAGCUUGGAUACCGAAGAGGUCAUUGAGGAGGGCUGCAACGAAAGCUCCAUGAAGAGGCUUACCUCUAUUGUUUCCAGUCUCUCCCCACAUGUAAAGCCCUUCUUCUCUGCUGUCACUUUGACGCCCAUUUUUAAGGUUUGUUGAGUAAGAAUUUGUUGUGGAAUAAACGAGGAACGACAAUAUGGCUUGUCGUUUAACACUAGUAUUUCCUAAUACUUGUAUGUUCUUAUUCGAAAGAAGCCUCUUUAGUGCUUUUUCUGCAUACAUAUGCUCAUAUCUCUCAAUCACUUCAUAACCAAUGUAUUCUUUCACCCAAAAAGCCAAUGCUGCUCUUAUUGUUUGUAUUA